AUGAAAACAUCAGUUUUUUUCCCGGCGGCGAGUUUAUUUCCCUGCUGCCAGAGUUUUUUGCCCGCUGAAAAAUUAUUGCGCAUCCACCGGUUGAAUGGGUUUCAAGGAGUCACUUCUUCAGCACGAAGUCUACUACGUACCCCACGCAUCACUCACACGAAGAAAACUACUUUUGGAUAUUAUUUUCAUUACGGACUUGGAACGGCAUUACGGGAUCAGCUUAGAAUAACAAAGAUGCCCAUGGACGCUGGAUAUACUAUUCAGAUAAAUAUUAAUAUUGAUGGCCUCCCUAUUGCAAAAAGCUCCAAGAGCCAGCUUUGGCCUAUUUUAGGUCAAAUUCAUCAUCCGCAAUUUCCACAUCUUUUUGUCAUUGGUGCGUUUCAUGGGCACUCAAAACCGAGUUGUCCAUUCGAGGUUUUGGAGGAAUUCAUUAAUGAGUUCAACACACUCACACGUGAGGGCUUUGAAUUUUCUGGCACUCGGUACACUAUUGCUAUUAGAGCGGUAAUAUGCGAUAGUCCUGCUAGAGCAUUUAUAACUUGUGCAAAGGGGCAUACAGGAUACUUUGGUUGCAGUAAAUGUCUCCAAGAGGGUGAAUACCGGCAACAUAAAAUGCUGUUUCUUGAUGAAAAUCAUCCACUGCGUACCGAUAGUGGAUUUAAAAAUCGUGUCAACGAAGAACACCACACCGGUAUAUCUCCAUUCGAACAUAUUUCUCUUCUCAUGGUUUCAACCUUUCCAUUAGACUACAUGCACCUGGUUUGCCUGGGAGUGGUUAAAAAGAUGAUAAGCUUAUGGUUGAAAGGUUACCAAACAACAAAGCUCGAUGCACGUAAUAUCAAGAAACUUUCUGAAGAUUUGAUUUCGAUGGUCCAGUGGAUCCCAGUAGAAUUUUGUAGGAAACCUAGAGGUCUUGACGAAUUCGAUCGCUGGAAGGCAACAGAGUUUUGUUUAUUUUUGUUAUACCUGUCACCUGUUAUAUUACAUGAAUAUCUACCGAGACUGAAUGUGCAGCAUAUCUGUUCAUUACAGUGCGCAAUCUUCAUAUUAUGCCAUCCAACAGACUGCAUGUAUAACAAUGAUGAUGCCAAAGAACUGCUGACAUAUUUUGUGCAAACAAUGAAACUCCUUUAUGGUGAAGAGACAAUCAUUUACAAUGUUCACAACUUGGUGCACCUGCCCGAGGAUGUUAAAUUGUAUGGGCCAUUGGACAGUUUUAGCGCCUUCCCAUUCGAAAACCAUAUGCAAGUCAUCAAAAAGUCAUUGCGGAAAGGUUCAAAGCCUCUAGCUCAACUGCACAAUCGCAUAAUCGAAAGAAAUUCUGGAGUCGUUCUCCACAACUCACAAAUAAAGUCAGGAGAACCAGUGAUUAUACGUCACAGGGGUAGAAAGUUACCUUCAGGAAGCACAUGUUCUAACGUAACCAUACAAUUCAGAAAUUUCGAACUGUCAUCUAUGAAGAAGGCGGAUAAGUGCUGUUAUUUAGAAGAUGGACGAAUUAUGCGCAUCAAGGAUAUAGGUAUCGAUGGAGAGAAAAAUUGUACCGGUCAAAUAUUGUUGAAUACCGAACGGCUGCAGAUUUAUCCAUGUGAUUCGCGUAGUGUUGGAAUUCACGUUGGAAACCAAUGGUCGAAUAUCCAAACAUUCAACAUAAACGAGAUUAGCACAAAAGCCAUUGGACUUCCAUACCGGGGGAAAUUCUGCUUCUACCCACUAUUACACACCAGAAAUACUCAAGGUAUUGAAUUGAUCUCUCAACCUGCUACGAUUGGAUUGUUUUCAAAAAUUGGUAUUCUACAGAGUAAUGCUUUUUUCGGAAUUUCAAGUGCUUUACUAAAAUCUUAA